AUGGAUAAAAGAAAACGCUCUAACUUCAAUCAAUCUAAAUAUUGGCUCGACGACUCGGAACAUUUCGAUGACAAGUCCAGCGACGAAGAUACUAAUGUAAAUCAUGAUUCUGAAGAUGCGGAAAUACCUUCUACUCUUCAAGAUACUUCUGAUGAAUCAAAUGAUGGUACGGUCGAAAAGGAUUCAGGUGAUGAAUCCGAUGAAAAUAGUGUUGAUACCGAAAGUAUGAGUGACGAGGAACCACCUAGACGUCGAGCAAAACGUAAACCACAAGUUAAACCAACACCGGUUAAAAUAUUUUCUUCAAAAUCUGGUCGACAAUGGACAUCGAAAGAACCUUCCAAGAAAAAAGUUCCAAUUGCUAAUAUAUUGCGACAGCGAACUGGUGUUGGUCGACCAGCAGCAGAUAUACAAACUCUGAAAGAAGCAUUUCAACUUCUGAUCACUCAGGAAAUGGUUCUUCUUUUGGUCAAAGAAACCAACCGACGAGCACAUCUACUCUUGGAACAAUGGAGUGAAGAAAACCCUGAUGAAAAAAAUACAGCAUAUCCUUUGAAUGCUGAAGUUUAUUUGGGACGUCAGCCUGGAGCACCAACUGCAGCUAAAGAUAAAGAUCGAAUUCGUAACCUAGUGAAACAGUUGAUCCAUCCUUGGAUCAAUACAGGACGGACAAUUACCACGGAUAACUAUUUUACUAGCGCAGAGUUGGCGGAAGAUCUUCUAGGUGUUCAAACGACUUUGGUUGGAACUAUUCGACGAAAUAAGAAGGAAAUUCCACGAGAGCUGCAGCCUGAUACUCAUCGUCCUGAACAAUCAUCGAUAUUUUGUUUUGAUCGUCAGCUAACGUUAGUUAGCUAUGUACCUAAGAAAGCAUAUGCUGUGAUUUUGUUAUCAUCUCUUCAUCAUGAUCAAACAAUUGCCGAUGAGAAAAAGAAAAAACCAGAAAUUAUUUUAUAUCACAACAAUACAAAAGGUGGGGUCGAUCGAAUGGAUCAGAUGGUUCAGACAUAUUCAUGUAAACGAAAAACAAAACGAUGGCCAAUGACUUUCUUCUUCAACAUAAUUGAUGUUGGUGCUCUUGCUGCUUGCAUCGUUUGGUUAACUAAAAAUCCUCAAUGGAAUGAGAAGAAAUGCUAUCGUCGACGUAUAUUUCUAAUGGAAUUAGGUUAUGAUCUCAUUCAAUCUCAUUUGGAACGACGACAACAUCAGCCACAAGCACUUCAAAAAGGCGUUCGAAUAGCUAUGCAAGCAAUUGGACUAACUGUUGCUACUUCACAACCGAAUACAGUUUCAACAGACACUGCAAAGCAGCGUUGUCAUCUUUGUCCGCGAGAGCGCGAUCGGAAAGUUGUUACUCAUUGUUCAAGUUGUAAUAUUCCCUGUUGUCCUGAUCAUCAUAAAGUUAUUUGCACUGUGUGUAACGAAACAUUUUUAGGAUAA